AUCUUAAAUAACGUGCAUGCGAUAUUUUAUUUAAAAAUAACAUGUGUGGGUUUACAUAAAAUAUUCUUGAAUAGGAAUUGUGUAUCUCAUCUGGUAUCAGAUUAAUAAGAUUUCUUAUAUUAAUCAGAAAAAUAGUCUUCAUCUUCCCCGUUAGGGAAAUUAAAACGCGAUUUUCCAAUGGAUUAAUUCUGUACGCACAGUGAAAAUGGAUUUGAUGGAAUUAAUUAGUGUUAAUGAUCCAUAGAAAUGGUUCACCUUAAAACUUCUGUAAUUAAAACACAGAAAGUCAGAGUUCUGUUAUCCUGAACUUGGUGGUAUUUUAUAAUCAGUGAUUAACUCGUGUCGCAAAUAGAAACAGCCUUUGAUGGGAAGUCACAAUUCAUCACGUGGCACCAAUCAUGUAGCUCUGCCGCAGAAGUAUUAUGGAAUCGUGUUUCGAUAUUAUAAAAAGGUGGUAUAAUCAUAACAAUCUGUAAUAUAAAGCGAGGCAUAUUUGAUUGAAAGAUACCAGCUGUCGAUUUAACACGCUGAUAACAGUUUCAUUUGAUCCUGUAUACUAAUACAUUUGAUUUACCCUUUUUUGGUUACAAUGGCAGCCGUAAAGACCUACCUGGCCUUGCUAUGUUUAACACAAUAUUGUUUAUGUUUAACGUUGCCAGAAAAUCGUUUUCUUUUCGAAAAAGUGUUAAUCGGCGUUGAAAGAGCGGCAAAAUUCUUUUCUGAAGACUACAGCGAUUUAAAUGUGGAUGGUUUGUAUGGUUUGAGACUGGCAGAAGGCCAAAUUAUUGAAGCUGUUAAAGAAUGCGAAAAGAAAGAUUGUGAAGAAGAACUAGUUGACACACUUCGAAGAUUGAAGGAAAUCGUGUCUACCACUUCUUUUAGAUCGCUGCCUUACCUACAGGAAGCCGAUGCAGAUUACUAUAAAAGAUUUCUACCCGUCAUUGAUAAACCUUAUUUAUUAGAAUAUACCCCUCAUCACUUUCACGAAUUAGAUAACGUAAAGAUAGGCACAUAUGAGGACUAUGAAGAAGAAUAUGGUGAUAUGUGUUAUGCCAGAUUGAUUGGUUCUUAUACUGAACAGGGCAGAAAAAUACCAAGAUGUAAUGCUACAACUGAUUGUUGGCAUUUUAUGACAAAAGGAAAUACAGUACGUUAUUUCAUCACACAUCAAUUAUUAUAUUUUGUACUAGCAGAACAUUUAGGAUGUCCCCAUGCUUUUGACGAGUUCACGAAUCAAACAAACCCGCGUGAAGUACUAAACAGAAUGUGUAAAAAUAUUUAUGUGGAAUCUACCAAAUUGGUGGAAAAUGGUUCUGUAAAUGAAAUGGAUCAAGAUUUAUUCCUGGAACAAACUGUGUUGUGCGGAACGUUAGGUUAUGAAGAUUUCCAGCGUCCUGAUUGGAUGCAUAUGGUUUUAAAAUGGCAAAGACGAGAUGGAUGUUUUGCAAUGCCUUUGGUGGCUGAAUAUCUAGAGAAAGAAAGUACUGGUAGAAAAUUAUUACGAGAGGCAGCCAUGAAAGAUGGAUGUUUAGCUCAUAAAUCUGGACUAGGAUUUUCAGUUUUAGCUACAUAUUUACGUUAUCUUGUACACACGUUAUAAUAUAUUGCAAUGUAUGGUAUUUACAAAGAAUAAAUGUAACUUUUAGAAUAA